AUGGAUUGGAAUGAUGAUAUCUUCGACGAUCAAAUGUUUCAACUUAGUCCUUUGUGCUUCACCCCGUCACCAGACUCAUUUCCUCCGAUAAUGGAUGUUCUACAAGACCCGAUAGUGGAAGAAACUGCGAAUGUGUUCGACGGAUUAAUCUCUAAUCCUGUAAUAGGCGAGGCUAACCCCUCAAUGAAUACACAAUCCCCAAAUCUAAUCCCAUUCCCAGAGACAUUAACGCUAGUGCAAAAUCCACCUGAAAUGGAGCAUCAACAGCUAUCAGGCAAUUCACAUGGGUAUUUCCAAGAUAACUUACUAAACAGACAAGCAGAUCAACAACCUCUAUUCGAUCAAAACUUGUUGGAUUCUUUUCUACAGCCAGAUGUUUCUGUAAUGCAACCGCAACAAUUAUCAUGCAACUCACAUAGCUUUUUACAAGGAAACUUACCAAACGGACAAUUAAACCAGCAAUCUUUGUUCAAUCAAAACACAAUGAGUUCUUUUCCAGAACCAAAUGAUCCUACAAUGACAGGAACUGGUCAACAAAUCGAGGGAGAAAUCAAUGGAUUUGCACAUCCAAUAACGACUCAAUCAUUUGAGUUACCAAACCAUCUUCAAGAGCAGUUUCGACCAGUUUCUUUAUCACCAAAUUACCAGUCAUAUCCAACGUACCAGCAUGGCCCAGUUGCUUCACAUUUCAACAUGUACGACCAGCAACCGCCUCCAUUAGUUUUAACCAACAGGGAAGACGAACUUCUCGCCCCAAGGAUGGUUGCAGAUCUGUAUGGGACAUAUCCUCAACAAAAUCAAAUUUCUGUGACCCCUCCUCUACCUCAAAUUCCGUCGAGCUGUACAAGGCCUCGUUUUUGUAGGAAUCAAGGAAACGCGGCAAACGCCCCAGAGCUAGGAACUCGGCCUUCACCGAGGUUUAGAUACCCUACCAUCGAGACUUAUGCACAAUUUCUUCCAUGCACGACCGCAUUGGCUGAUAUGGAGAUUAGCAUUUUGGGACGUCGACCAAGAAGUCACUUUGAGCAUGGGGAAUCAUCAUCUUCCGCUCGAAGAAGGAGAUUCUCCUUGCCAGAAAGAAAUAUUGAUUCAAAUGCAGCCAAUCCUGUUGAAGAAAGGCUACAAAAUUCACUAUAUGAUCCAAGGUAUGAAUCGCUCGGUUUAAAAAUUGAUCCCAUUUUGAGAAGGUUUUCUGGAUGGCCUGGGAAAAAGGGUAAUUAA